AUGAAUUUCCCAUUUAUUCAUAGCUUCGCUACUUUUCUUCUCAUCUUCUCUGCAUCCCAAGCAAUCCAAUCAUCUUCUUUUAACAUCCAAACUGAUAAAGAAGCUUUACUAUCACUGAAAGCUCUCAUCACUGAUCCCACAAGUUCACUAUCUUCAUGGAAUGAGACCACAACAGUCUGCAAAUGGCAUGGAGUCUCCUGCAACAGAGCACAGCAGAGAGUCUCUGGGCUAGACUUGCAAGGCCUUGGACUGCAAGGCUCCAUAAGUCCUCAUAUUAGCAACCUAUCCUCUCUCACCUUCCUAAAUCUUCAAGACAACCAACUCUCUGGUACCAUUCCUUCUCAACUUGGCUCUCUCUCCUCUUUAAACAUCCUCAACAUAAGCUCCAACCUCAUCAAUGGCCUCAUCCCACAAACCAUACUCAACUGCCAUGAACUCACUGUCCUUGAUUUGUCUAACAACCUCAUCACAGGCAGUAUCCCUCAAAACCUUGAGUCACUGUCAAAGCUUCAAAUCAUGAAGUUAGGACAGAAUAGGUUAAAUGGAGUUAUCCCAAAUUCCAUAGGAAACAUUUCAUCUCUUACCUUUCUUGACUUGGGCACCAACACACUCACUGGUUCCAUACCAAAUGAGUUGGGACUUCUCCACAAACUGAAACACUUGGAACUGUCAAUAAACAAUCUCACUGGCAGUGUCCCCCCAUCAUUGUACAAUGUUUCAUCACUUGUUUUAUUUGCUCUUCAAUCCAACCACUUGCAUGGUGACAUCCCUGCUGAUGUUGGUUUUAGACUUCCAAAUCUCUUGUUUUUCCACUUCUCUUUCAAUGAAUUCACUGGUAAAAUAUCACCUUCACUUCACAAUGUCACCAAGAUACAAAGCAUCAGAAUGUCUUAUAAUUUUCUUGUUGGCUCUGUGCCUCCAGGACUAAACAUGCUGUCUGAGCUCACCAUGUAUAAAAUUGGCCACAAUAGACUUGUUUCCACUGAUACUACAUCACCUGAUCAUAGCCUCCAUCUUAUCUCCUCCUUGACAAACAGCUCUAAGCUUGAAUUCCUUGCUAUUGGUGGAAACCCUUUUUGA